AUGGCCCACAUGGCUGUCCCCGCUGACUUCUUCGCCUUCUGCGACAAUUUCUUCCCCGCUGGCUCCGAUAUACCCCAGAGAAAGGUGCCUCUCAAGCUCAAUCCUUUCGCGGGCUUCCGGGAAGCGGAGAAGUGGAAGGAAUCUAAGCUCCAGGAAAAAUUUGUCAAGGUCAUCAAUCAGCACGAACUUGCGGCGGGUCUCAAGAUGGCAAUAUCUAGCGAUCGACCCGCCAACACGGGUAUCGACGCCUUCAGACAGAAGGGCGACGCUGCGUUCUUCCACGAGGAGUACCUCCCCAACGACGAGACACCCAACUGGGGCGACCAAGUCAUUUCCGUCGAGUUCAAGAAAGGUGGGCCGGGGCGGAAGGACCCCUUUGACAAUGAGGGGAACUUCGCAUCGGCCAAGGAUCGUACCACCGUUCGCGGUCAGAUCAUCUCAUACGGCGAACUCAUCCUCGCUGUGCAGCAACGUUGUGAGCUCUUCACCCUCCUCGUGGUCGGCCGGACAUGUCACUUCGUCUACUGGGACCGCUCCGGCGCGAUCGCUACGAACGCUAUCGACUACUACAAGGACCACGAAGCAUUUUGCGACAUCCUCUGGCGCUUGGGACACGCUUCUGACUCUCAGCUCGGGAUGGACGACACCGCGAUUCGCCUUCGUCCUGGCGACGGAUACUUCCGCUUCAUGGACAACCUCGCGGACAUGGCCGCCCACGCUGCGCAAGACAUCCUUCACGAUGCGCGCUCACUCGACUCAACGUCCUUAGGCCCCGGUGAAUUCGUGUAUGUCCGCCAGAUGUGGGCCGAUUCCCUCGUCAAGGGCUGGCCUCGGUACCUCGUCGAGUUGAUCGACGAAGCUGGCAAGAAGCACACCUUCCUGAUCGCCAAACCCUCGUUCGUUGCGAAGGGCCUCGCCGGGCGGGCAACUCGCGGGUACGUCGCGUACCACAUUGACGCAGGCCGCUUCCGGUGGUUCAAGGACUCGUGGCGCGCGGAGUACAUCCUCGUCGAGCAGGAGGGUGCAAUCCUUAAGGAGCUCAACGACGCCGGUGUCCCGAACGUCCCGACCCUCGUAUGUCACGGCGACGUAGGCGAGCAGCGCACGAUCACGCCGAUGUGGUGGAAGGUCGUUCACGCGCACGAGAUCUCAGAUUCGGCCACCGGGGCCCCGGCUCAGCCUGGAAGUACCUCCUCCAAGCGCAAGCGCGGCGCCGACAAAGGAGCCGAGGAGCCCCAGGUCGACGCCUGCCCGCUUCGUCUUCAUCGUCACUAUCGGAUGGUCGUGGCGGAGGUCGCGAUGCCACUCAGCAUGUUCCAGCACACGUUUGAGCUCUUGGAUAUCAUCCAAGAUGCCGUUUCUUCUUCCGAGCCCGGCUUGGGAAAGCUUAAACAGCCCCGCCUUCACCGUGACAUCAGCGCGGGAAAUAUCCUCAUCUAUCCCAAGGUUUACUGCCCGGACGACGGCAAAAUCUUUCUGCGCCGGUCUGGGAUCCUUGCCGACUGGGAAAUGUCAAAGAGGCUUGCGCAACCGGGAGAGAGCGAGAAGGCACGUCAGCCCCCGCGCACGGGAACGUGGCAAUACCAGGCGGUCUCUCUCUUGCUCUGGGGACCUCACAUCGCGGGCAUUGCAGAAGAGCUGGAGUCUAUCUGGCACGUCCUCCUUUACGAGCUUGUUCGCUACAUGCCCACGAGUCUCUUGCCUCCGGUUGCCGCGGUUGACGUUGAAGCUGUCGCGCGCUUCAUCGAUCAAUACUUUGACCAGUACGUCAGGAUGAAGAACCGCGUUACGGGUGAAGACGAGUGGCUUUGCGGCACCUUCAAGAAGAACACCAUCAUCUCCGGCGAGCUCCGAACCUCGAUAUUGUCGAUGGAUGAGGAGCUCCUCCGCUUCGGCAACGAGGCGAUCGACACCCUCAUGCGCACAUUGCUUUGGCGGUUCUCUCGGCUCUACCGUGUC